AUGUCAGCCACUCACUACGACGUCCUCGUCCUCGGCUCUGGCCAGGCAGGCAACCCCGUCGCCAAAGCCUUUGCCAAAGCCGGUCACAAGACAGCCGUCAUCGAGCGCGCCGCCUUGGGAGGCACCUGUGUCAACGUCGGCUGUACACCGACAAAGACCAUGAUCGCAUCUGGCCGCGCCGCGUAUAUGGCGCGACGGGACAGCGACUACGGCGUGCGAGCUGGAAACGGCCACGUCGAGAUCGACAUGGCUCGCGUGAGACAGCGCAAGCGCGCCAUCGUGGAGCAGUGGAACAGCGGUAGUGUCAAGGGGCUGGCCGCCGCGGGCGUCGAGGUUAUCAUGGGCGAUGCUAGCUUCGUCGGUGAUCGGAAGCUCAAGGUUGCGCUGCAGGACGGAGGCAACAAGGAGGUCAGCGCCAGUACUGUGUUCCUCAAUGUUGGAGAGAGGUCGGCGCGGCCCGAGAUCCCAGGGCUGGAUGACCUGGAGCCGGCACGUGUGCUGAACUCGACGUCCAUCAUGGAACUUGCUGAGGUUCCACGGCAUCUCGUCGUGCUUGGUGGUGGAUACAUCGGCCUCGAGUUUGGACAGCUCUUUCGCCGGCUGGGAGCUGAUGUCACUAUCGUUCAGAGAGCGAGGCAACUCGUACCGCGAGAGGACCCUGACGUGGCAGAGUGUCUCCUCGAUAUCCUUCGGCAAGAUGGCAUCACAAUACACUUGUCGAGUACGAUCGACUCCAUCUCGGCCACAAAGAACACGGAAACUCCAUUCUCGGUGAGCAUCAAGACUCCGACAGGUCAGACAGAAGUGUCAGGAUCACAUAUUCUCUUGGCGGCGGGCCGAGUGCCCAAUACAGAUGGGUUGAAUCUCUCUGAGGUCGGCAUCAAGACAACUGCCAAGGGGCACAUUGUUGUGGAUGACAGGCUCGGAACCACAGCUCCAGGGGUUUAUGCCCUGGGGGAUUGCCAUGGUGGCCCUGCCUUUACACACAUGUCCUAUGAUGAUUUCCGUAUCAUCCGCACCAACCUCCUUUCGGAGACCAUGUCAUCCACGACUCCAACCAUGGCUACAACGCAGGCCUCUAUCUCCAGAGUCCUGACCCCUUACUGCAUGUACACUGAUCCGCAGCUGGGUCAUGUCGGCCUUCACGCUAGAGACCUCGCCAACAGUACCAGAGAGAUCAAAAUGGCCAAGAUGCCCAUGAGUUAUGUCGCAAGGGCACUAGAAACGGCGGAGCCACGAGGCAUGAUGAAGGCGGCUGUGGACGCAAAGACGGGUGAGAUCUUGGGAUUCACGUGUUUGGGUAUUGAAGGAGGUGAGGUCAUGUCGAUUGUCCAGACUGCUAUGAUGGGUGGCUUGAAGUGGUGGGACCUGGAGGCGGCAGUCUAUGCCCAUCCAACUUUGGCUGAGAGCUUGAACAACCUCUGGGGACACCUGGAAUAA